AUCUUCGAAUUUUGAAAGUAAAGCCAACAAAACGGUUGCAAACAAAAUUUUUUACAUCAUUUAGUUGUAAAAUAUAAAAAGCCGGUUUUGUUUUUAACAAAUAAAUAUUUUAUACAAUUAAUAUUAAUUGGUAUAAGUUUAUUUAAAUAAUUAAUAAUACAAUCAAAUGUACUAAAGAUGAAUGAAGAAGAUCCAACAGCAGUAAUAAAAAUGCUUAAUGAUUUAAAAUCAACAACUGAAAAUUAUCGUCGUAACAGUGGAGUUUCUCUCCGUCUUUCUGGAGCUGGAUUUACAACUCCGUUAUCAACGAAUACUUUAGAUUCUGGUGAUAGAUUAAGAGUUACUUCUAAUUUUACAUCAACCAGUAGUAAUCCAGGAUUACUUUUAUCUGAAGCGAAUGCUUCUUCUUCAACAGUAUUAUCCCAUAAUGAUGAGCAAACUCCACCAAAACGUAAACGAACGAAUGACAUGAGAGAAUCACUUGGUAAUAAUCCUGGUGAAGCUGUACCUGGAAGCCCUUGGGAAUGGAGACGACUUCGAGCAGAAGUCGUUUCACUUCGGACACGGCUGUCACAUCAGGAGGGUACAGUUCAACAGUUACAUAAAUUAAGGAAUCAAUUAGAAGAAGUUUUUCAAAAAGAAAAGAAUAUGUUGGAGAUGCAAGCUGAGUUAGAUAAACAGACUAUUAAACAAUUAGAAUGGCGGAUUGAGUCUGUAAGAAAAACUGCUCAAGAGGCUCGUGAGGCUCAGACAAAUGCUGAAAAUGAACUGUUUCAGACUAAAAUAGAACUGGAGCAAAAGAUAACUAAUUUAAUGGAAGAGAAUUCUAAAUUGACAGAACAUUCCAAACAUAACAAUGAAGAUGACACAAAUUUACAGCCACCAUCAGUAUCAUCACCUAAAGCUCAAUCUGAAACAUCAGAAACACAAGUAAAAUUAGAGAUGGCUGAGAAAAGAAUAACUGAUUUAGAAGAAAAAUUACGUGAUAAUUUGGUGUUGCAAAAAGAAUUUGAAUUACAAAAAUUAGAACUUCAAAAUAGUAAAAUAAAAAUAGACAAAUUAGAAUCUGAACGAUCAUUGUGGGAAGAAGGUAAAACGUUACUUGCUCGAGCUGCGAGAGCUAAUGAAUUAGAAAAAGAAUUACAGGCAUCUAGAGAAAUAAUAAAUGCAAUGCGGGAGUCAGUAAAAGGUAAAUUACUUCUUGAAGAACAAAUGUCAAAUAUGAUGCAACGAUUAGAACAUACUGAAAAAGUUGAACACCAAGUAGCGACUCUGGAGGUCAGAUGUAGUGAACUGAUGGGAAAAUUGAAAGAAUAUGAAUCAAUUGGAAUUGGAAUUGAUCCAGUGUCAUUAAAAAAAGAAAUUAAUAGGCUGCAGCAUGCGGAAGCUAUAUUAACAUCCGAAGAGGGUCAGCUGCGUUCUCGAGUUGAUUCAAUGCAACGUGAAAUUUAUAAUUUGCAGCGAAAAUAUGAGGAUUCUAAAAAAUUAGCUAACGAAUCAGCCGUGUCAGUUGAUAGAUUAAAUAAGCUUGUCAGUAGAUUACAGAAAAAAAUGUUGUUAGUUACACGUGAAAGAGAUAGUUAUAGACAACAGUUGGAUUUAUAUGAAAAAGAAAUGACAGUCGAUACUAAUAACGUUGUUAAUGAACGUAUUCCUGCAUUGGAACGGGCUUUAGAAGGCUACAGGGACUUAGUGUCAAAACUAGAAGCUGAUUUAGACAACGUUGAUUCUAUGACAACACGAGGAGAAUGUCAAAGAUUAAGAGAAGAAGUUGAUAAGCUCAAAGGCGAACUAGAGCAUCGAGCUCUCAAAGGAGACUUCAAUUGCAAUGCACAGAUAUUACAUUUUAAAAUGAACCCAGCAGCUAUUGCAAGUCAACAAGCUGAAGAAAAAAUGAAGGCGAUUUUGCAAGAGGUUGAGGAAUUGCGAACUAGAGUUCAGUUAGGAAAUACUGAAACACCUGUCGGCGUUUCUUCAGUACAAGCUCAAGAAAUAGCUGAGCUUAAACAAAGUCAUGAAAUUAAAAUCGCAAGACUAAAGGAUGUAUUUAAAGCAUCAUCUCACGAAUAUCGACAGGCGUGUUAUCAAUUAUUUGGUUGGCGAGUUGAUCGAACGAAAGAAGGCAGAUACAAGCUAUCAAGUCAAUAUGCCGAGUCACCAGAUGAUUUUUUGUACUUCCAAGUUGGAGAAGGUGUAGAUUUACUCGAGACUCCAUUCUCAGCAACUCUCGAGCACUUUAUUGAACGUCAUUUAAAAACACAACACAGCGUACCCAUGUUCUUAAAUGCCGUCCAAGCUGAACUUUUCUCUCAACAGACCGCAACCAACGUGAUAACAUAAGGAAAAAAUUUUAUUUUAAUUAUAAAAAUGAUUUCCAAUAUUUUUAUUAUUUUUUUGUAUUUGUCAUCAAGUUCUGACGUAAGAAAAAAAAAUUUAUUUUUGUUUAAAUGUAUUAAUUUAAAUAAAAUAAAAUAAAAAAUCAAGUCUUUGUUACUAUGAUAAAUUAAAAA